AUGGAUUAUAAAUUUUUUUCAUGGAACUGUAGGGGAGCAGGGGGCAAGGGUUUUUUACGUGCUUUUCGUGAGUAUCGUAGGAAAUUUAAACCCCAUAUUGUGAUUACUUUGGAACCUAGAAUCAGUGGGGACCGUGCUUUGAAAGUAAUUCGAGAAAUGGGUUUCGAUAACGAACUUGUAGUGGAUGCUAUUGGGUUUUUGGGGGGAAUUUGGGUCAGUUGGAAUUCGAAUGACCUUACCAUCACUAGAAUUCACACUCACCAUCAAUGUCUCCAUAUGCAGGUACAGGGGCGGAUGCAGCAAGAUGUUGCAUGGCAGUUAUCGGCAGUUUAUGGUUGCCCUGCACCGGUACAACGGCGUGAAUUAUGGGACUUCUUACGGUCCAUUACUGAAGGGAUGACCCAGUCCUGGCUUUUGGUGGGCGAUUUCAACUCUAUCAUCAGCCCAUCUGAAAAACUAGGGGGUGCCCCGUUUGAUGCAUCCCGAAUUCGUGAUUUCCAGGAUGUAAUUCAAGAUACUGAGCUGAUAGACUUGGGUUUCGUUGGCCCGGCUUACACAUGGUUCAGGACGGGUCUCCGAGAAAGGCUUGAUCGGGGCAUGGCAAACAAUGCUUGGAUCUCAGCUUUUCCAGAAAUAGUGGUUAGGCACCUGCCGCGCAUGAAUAAAUCGGAUCACAGGCCACUGCUAGUUUCAUUAAGAGAGCCUCACACUCCCGCCGGACCCAAGCCUUUCCGUUUCUUGGCAGCCUGGCUUACACAUGAGAACUUCUGGGAAAUGAUGGAUGAAGCUUGGGCAAAGGGCCACUCCUUCACAUCCUCGGCAGAAGCCUUCGCCCAGGACGCUAGAGGGUGGAACAGGAAUGUUUUCGGCCAUGUUACUAGGAGGAAAGAUAAUCUACUUCGCCGAAUUGAAGAGCUAGAGCAGAAUGGUAGUGGGACUGGGAACUCCGCUCAGCUCCAGCAAGCUCAGGAGGAGCUCGAAUUAGUACUCUUUCAAGAAGAACUGCUCUGGUGUUAG